UUGAGAACCCCAGAAGCCCGAGGCGCUUAAGAUGGCGGCUCCUGGCGAGGCUUUCUGGCGAGGUCGGCGGGUGCGCGAGGGACCGUGUAGCUGAGUGGCUUCGGCCGUCGACAUGGCUCGGGGCGAUCGGGAAACCACCAUGUACAACUUUGGAAAGAAAGCUUUGCGGAGCCAGCAGCUGUCUUGAUGGGCCAAACCAGCCGUGAUUUGUUAGCAGUGGGAGCAAGGAGAUGGAAAAGAUGAAAAUGCAAAACCUAAGAAACUGUUGGACUGAUGAAUUUCUGUAGUCUAUUCUCAACAUUGUGAGAUUGACAAUGGAUAAAUGUAAGCAUGUAGGCCGACUGCGGCUUGCCCAGGACCAUUCAAUUGUGAAUCCUCACAAAUGGCAUUGUAUGGUAUGCAAUACUACAGAAUCUGUAUGGGCCUGUCUCAGUUGCUCUCAUGUUGCUUGUGGAAGAUAUAUUGAAGAACAUGCACUAAAGCACUUUCAGGAAAGCAAUCAUCCAGUAGCAUUGGAAGUAAAUGAGCUGUACAUUUUUUGCUACCUUUGUGAUGAUUAUGUUCUUAAUGAUAAUGCAACUGGUGACAUAAAACUUUUACGAAGUAUACUAAGUGCAAUCAAGAGCCAGAAUUAUGACUGUACUACUCGGAGUGGUAGGAUUUUACGAUCUAUGGGCAUAAGUGAUGAUCUUUCACAUAAUAAUGCUCAGGCUUUGCUUCGAAGUCAAGACCGUAUGUUCACAGCCCUAUGGCACAGGAGGCACGCAUUAAUGGGCAAAGUAUUUAGAUCUUGGUUUGAACUAACACCAACUGGGAAAAGGAUUUUAGAAGAAGAUAAGCUGUGUGAACAGGCAGAAGAAAGACGAAUCAAUGCUAGGAAGAAAAGAGAAGAGCGAAAGCGCCAAUUGAAGGAGGAAAUGGAAAAAAUACCACCAAGGAAAAGCUUUCGCUUGCAAAAACAAAACAAAGAAACUUCAGUCUGUACACUAAAAAUGCCACAAAAUUUGGGCUCUGAUAUAGAGCUGAAAGUAGCAGCUACCUCAGAUGAUGUAAAGUUAAAAAAAAUUAACGACUCUCCAGCCAAACGAAGACCUACUAUGACUCCUGGUGUGACAGGACUACGAAACUUGGGAAAUACUUGCUAUAUGAACUCAAUUCUUCAGGUGUUGAGUCACUUGUUCAUAUUUCGGGAAUGUUUUUUAGAGCUUGAUUUAAACCAAACACAAGAGUUGUUAGCGGUUGCCGCCAGUGGCAAAACAAGAUCAUCUACAAAGCAGCCUCUAUCUCCUAGCUUUGAUGUUCAAGAACAGAAAACUUUUGUUAAUGACCAGACAUUUUCCACAAGGCGAUUUAGUACAUCAUCAGGUUUAAGUGGUGGUGGAUCAAGUAAUAGAAAUAUGGAACUUAUUCAGCCCAAGGAACCAAGUUCAAAGUACAUUUCUCUUUGUCAUGAAUUACAUACUUUGUUUCAAGUUAUGUGGUCUGGCAAGUGGGCAUUGGUGUCUCCUUUUGCCAUGCUCCAUUCUGUGUGGAGACUAAUCCCAGCCUUCCAUGGUUAUGCUCAACAAGAUGCUCAGGAAUUUCUUUGUGAACUUUUGGAUAAAGUCCAACAAGAAUUGGAGACAGUUAAAGCAAAAAGCCCGGCCCUCAUUCCUGCUUCUCAAAGGAAACUCAUUAAAAACGUUUUGAAUGUGGUCAACACUAUUUUUCAUGGACAGCUUUUAAGCCAGGUAACAUGCCUUGCAUGUGACAACAAAUCAAAUACUGUAGAACCUUUCUGGGACUUGUCAUUGGAAUUUCCUGAAAGAUACCACUGCAAUGGGAGGGAGACAACCUGUCAGUAUCCAUGCUUGUUGACAGAGAUGUUGGCCAAAUUUACAGAAACUGAAGCUUUAGAAGGGAAGAUAUAUGCCUGUAACCAGUGCAACACAAAACGAAGAAAAUUUUCUUCUAAACCUGUUCUACUCACAGAGGCACAGAAGCAGCUUCUGGUGUGCCACCUACCUCAGAUUCUGCGGUUACACCUUAAGCGAUUCAGAUGGUCAGGACGCAAUCAUCGUGAGAAGAUUGGUGUGCAUGUCAACUUUGAUGAGUUUCUAAACAUGGAACCCUAUUGCUGCAGAAAAUCUCUAAAAUCCCUUAUGGCAGAUUACUUUAUCUAUGAUUUGUCUGCUGUUGUGAUGCAUCAUGGAAAAGGAUUUGGUUCAGGACACUACACUGCCUAUUGCUAUAAUUCAGAUGGAGGAUUCUGGGUACACUGCAAUGAUUCCAAGCUCACCAUGUGCACUAUGGAAGAAGUAUGCAAGGCCCAGGCAUAUAUUUUGUUUUAUACCCAACGAGUUACUUUAACGAAUGGACACUGGAGAAUGUCAGGUCUGGACUCACCAUCUGGAAAACAGGCAAAUACUGAAAUUAAUGGCUCCAAUGCAAAAAGCGACAACUAAUUCAGAGCCAAAUUGCUAUGUACAGGAUAAGCCUGAAUUGCGCAAAAAUGUACUAAAUCUGCCUUCUGGAGCCAAACCCUAUUACGCAUUGAGAUCUUUUGUACCUUUUAAACUCAUUCAUGACAGUAACUUCCCAAGUUUUUAGCAUAUAUAUCUCAAUUGUUAAGAGAAAAUUUUCCAUUUGAAUCUUUAAAUUUUACCUCAAGCUGUUUUUCAGCAUUUUAAUAUUUUGAAGUAGGAAACUUAGAUGAGGAAUAUGGGUGGGCAAACUCUGGACUAUUUUUAAAUUAAAAGCUGUGUUUUAUACUACUUCUAGCAGUACUGUGGAUAUUGUCUGCAGGAAUCUGUCUUGCUUCCAUGAUUAAAAGAUGUGAUGGUAAUAAAUGCGUUUAAGUUUAAUUCUGGCUGUGUUAAACGGAAGAGUUCAAGUAGUACAAUACUUUUCACAUAUUAUUAAAGCACUAAAUCAUUAGAAAGUUCAGCAAGCACGUUAAAGUAUUAUCAUUUUCAUAGCCUAUUUAUUGCUUCUCUCCAAGUAUACUGCUGAACUAAAUGGAAAUCUGUGAGGAAGGCUGUGUAAAUAGCAGUUCUAAUUGCAAAAACAGCUCAAGGGCUUUUUGCCACAGGUUCUAUAGCUAAUCUACUGUGCAGGUAGUCUUUGAUUUACAACUGGUCACUUAGUGACCAGACUAUUUAUGACGGACCCCUUCCCCCAACAGUGAGCAUGAUUGCAUUUGGGAAACCCAGCAACUGGUGUGCAUUUAUGGCCUGUUUGCAGUGUGUCAGUCACAUGACUGCAAUUUAUGAUGUUUGUUGCCAGAAACAGGCAUUUUCUUCUGGUUCUGUAAAAAUACCCAUUGUGGACAGUGGAUUUGCUUAACGAUCAACAAUCAACCAAAACAAUAUAAAAUCAGGUUUAUCACAUGAUGACCUGCAUGACUUGUUAAUUCCAGGGUCAGUUGUGAUCGUAAGUUGAAUAAGUGCAUUCUGAUCUGUGACUUGCCAUAGUAAAAUACAUGGAAGAUGAUAAAAACUCAGGUUUUUGUUUUUGCUAUUAACAUCUGGAAAGGUUUUACAGCAAAGAUGUGUCAGGUUAUUACUAUAGCAUAAUUUUCCUAAAUGCUGUUUAGUUUCUACUGGAAAACAAAAUUCAAAUUAUUGCUCUGUAGAUAUUAAUGAAUUUUGCUCCCUCCUAUCUAAAUUUAAAGGCCUUUGUGUUCAAUUUUUCUUUUGAGUGCUUCAGUUUCAGUUGCUCCUUUAUGUUCAUUUAUCCAAUGCAAAACAGCAACAUAGGCUAGCUUUGGCAAUUAAGAUGGUCAUUCUGAGCAAAAUGGAGGGACGUUUGGGUUAUGACUAAAUUGCAAUACUGUUCAAUGUUCAUAUUACUGCAACAAUGAGGCUCAAAUUAAAAUUCUCCAGAGCAUAAAAAAACCAACCAAAAUUGCCUUUAACUUUUUGCCCUACUGAUCUCCUAAAGUAUUAUCUAUUGAUCUCCUAAAGUUAUCUGAACUACAGUUCUCUCAGAUUGUGGUAUUCAAAAAAUUUUCUCCACGGCUUGAACAAACCAUUCUCAUCUGCUGUGAAGUAUCUUGUGCAAAAGUUU